CAACAGGCGCAACCGCACAAAAUGCGUAACCCAGCCCCGGCUAACCAAUUUACUACAGGAAGUAGAACAAUUGUUUUCGAUCAGUCGAAAAAGGAAACUACUACUUUUCCAAAUCAUUUUAAAGAAAUACAUAAAAUAUUAAGGAGUUCUUGGAAGGUUGUAACAAAUUCUAGUGAAAUAACUUCAAGCACUCUACAAACAGCAAAUGUGUUCAUUAUAGCAGGUCCUACGGAAAAGUUCAGUGCUAAAGAGUUUGAAACGAUCAAUAAAUUUAUAUCUGGUGGUGGAUCAGUGCUAGUUCUGCUUGGGGAAAAUGGUGAAAGUAAAUACGCCACGAACAUCAAUUAUCUGCUUGAGCAAUAUGGGAUUCUCGUAAAUAAUGAUGCUGUUGUCCGGUGUUCAUUCUACAAGUACUUUCAUCCAAAAGAGGCACUUAUUCCCAAUGGGAUACUAAAUAGGACCAUAGCUGAAUCGACUGGAAAACCUUCUGUUUUUCCCAGUGUUGAAGACUUCUCCCCGAAGCAGGCAUUACAGUUUGUCUAUUCAUUCGGAGCGACCCUAAACGUAGCAAAGCCAGCAAUUGCUCUCCUUUCAACUGGAAGCGUCGCCUUUCCCCUCAACAGACCUGUUAACGAAGGUCAAGUUGGAAAAUUGGCUGUUGCAGGGAGUGUAUCCAUGUUCACGGAUACUUAUAUCAAUAAAGAGGACAACAGAAAAAUAUUCGAAAUUCUCCUUUCCUUCCUCACAACGGACAACAUCAAGCUUAAUGCCAUUGAUGCACAAGACCCUGAGAUCGAUACUUACCUGCAAAUCCCUGAUAUAGCUAGUUUAGCUAACAACCUCAAGGCCUGUUUACAAGAAAGUGAUGAAAUCCCAAGGAACAUCUCCAGCGUUUUUGACCAAUCGCUCUUCUCCAUGAACACCUCUCUGGUGCCCAAAGCCCUGAGUGCUUAUGAGAAAUUGCGGGUGAAGCAUGAACCUCUUAGUCUGAUCACACCGGAAUUUGAAACACCACUGCCUCCACUACAACCUGCUGUAUUUCCGCCAAAUUUUCGAGAACUCGGUCCACCGCCACUGGAAUUAUUCGACCUCGACGAACAGUUCUCCACGGAAAAGGCUCGGCUUGCACAAGAAACCAAUAAAUGUACAGAAGAGGAUCUAGAAUACUAUAUUUCAAACUGUGGUGAAAUUUGUGGCUUGAGUCAGAAAAUCCCGGCUGCUAAAAGAACUGCACGGAAUAUCCUAGAGCUGGCACUUUUGGAGCUUGUGGAACUAAAGAAACUUAACCAGGAGGGUGAAGAUACGAACAUAUGGUGA